AUGCGCAACACUCCCAAAGCCGUCCUUCCUUUCUAUGACCCGGAGCCUGGUGCUCCACCGCCCUUCCCUCCAAUGCUCACGGACCAACUCGAGCUUUUUUGCAAAGAUAAUCAUCGCCCGAUUACACUGGUCACCGACGAAAUUCUAGUCCCUAAAGUUAGUAUCGUCACCCCCACUACAAGGUCGUCGUCCACACCCACCCCUGAGUCCAAAAUUACCAAGCGAUCACCCAAGCAUUCUGAGCACACUUCCUCUCCAUACCCGAAGAAGGUUGCUUUCACGCGUUCCCAUUCUCGAACACCUAUGCCCUCGGAUUCGGACAGCUCUUCGGAUUUUUCAUCAGACAGCGGCUCCUCAACUUCAAGCAUAAUUUUAUCGGAAGACUCGAAAAUCCCCAAACCUACUGGUGAACCUGGACGCCCAGGGCGUGGAGGGUAUACACUUUAUGAGGCAUUAGAUUUGAAUCCAAAGGCAUAUGCGAAGUUCAAGAAACAUAUGCAUCGCCUUAUUGAUGACCACCUUGACAUGGUGAAGUGUGCUUCUGCCCAAAGUCCUAUACUUUUAAAAGCUGUGCGCGACAAGGCUCUAGACGAAUUCCCAGACCUUGAAAAUUAUAGCAACUUAUGGCCAGCCAGCGAUAUGAUCAUGACACACCUGAAAUAUAUGUCCUGUCGCGCUCGACAGAAGGACGGAGAGAUGGCUUUAGGCAAGGGCAAGGGCAGGAAGUGA